AAAGUUCUCCAGUGGCCUCUUUUUUAUCAAAUUUCGUUUGUGAUUCGAACGUACCGCAGGCAGAUAUUUCUUUUCAAAUUUUUUAGGUACAUUUGCCUGUUUCUCCUCAAAUAGAUACAAUUUGAGUUUCAUAUUCCAUUCCUGCUGAGUGUUGCACCAAUGCAACCAUGUAUGUAUAAAAAAAACCUAAAUCGAUUGACCACCAUUUUCUUUUGUCUGUGGCGUAAUUUAAGUGAAAUUUCUUUGGAUUAAAAUUAUUAAAAUAGGAAUUAAAAAGGUAAAGUAGUAGCGGCCAUUUUUUCUGUGUCAAAAUAAUAAACAAGAUUCCUGUUUGUAAAAUUUUCCAAAAACGAUUCCUUGGGCACAAAAAUAUGGAUGAUUUAAAGCAGUUGCAGCACAAUGGCCUCCAUUAUGGCUCGACGGAUUCUAAUUCUGGUAGCGAUAGCGAAGAUAGUACAAUUUCAGCUGUGAAAAACGGUCCAGAAAAUCAUCGGCGAAAUCGUAGGCCCACAAGACGCCCAAACCCGAAUAUACAUAACCGGAAUGCCUUGUUGGCACGAGAAAAUCGUCGCAAGAAAAAAGAGCAUUUGCAGGCCAUGGAGAAGGAACUGGAGGAAAUGCGGUUGACAAACAAACAACUGAAGAAGGCAUUGAAGCAGCAGAUGAAAGCAGUUGAUCAACUUCAGCGAGAAAAAAGGUAUUUUCAGAGCGUUAUAGCAAAUCACAAAGAAAUAGAGAAUCUUAUUAAAGCUCUGAAUGUUCGAAUGCAUGCACAGCAAACUGCAAAUGAAAAUUCUCCAAUGUUGAAUUCACCAGGACAUUCGAAUUGUAGUCGACAGCUGUGUCCAUCACCAACGAUUUUUCAGCAGUUGGCCAGCGUGGAAAAUGGGUUGGAAAAAGGCUUUGAUCAAAAUCUAACUUCCACGUCGCAUCUUUCGGAUAAUGAUUUCGCACCUUCGUCUGUUUUUAAUGAUGCAUGGUCCGAUCUACUAGAUGAUGACUUUGCAACAAAAGACAAUACACAAAUAACUACGGUUACUGAAGAUCAUAGUUACGCAGAUUUGAGUGAAAUGUCUCGGACAGGAAAUACAGAAGCAGAUGCAGGCGUUUGUUUACAUAUAAGGCAAGGGAAAGUUUCUUUAGAAUUCUGCCCUAGCUGCAGUUGGAAUGCAAAUGACAAUUCAGCCACAUACGCUAUGUAAAAUUGAUUUAGUCUUAAUUGUGGUUUUUAUACUUUUAGCGAUACUAAGUACAUACAAAUUUAUGUAUUACGAUUAUUUUUAUGCUUUAAUGAAAUUAAGACGAUUUUUCAUCACAAAUUCGGAGUGACUGAGAGAAAAGGUGGGUCAAAAUCCUAGCGUUUUAAAAACAAUUGGGUUAAAUGGAGCAUUAUGUAUUUAAUAUUGUUGUAUUUUUUCAGCUCUGUGACUACCACAAUUUUGUCAACACUUGAACAUCUUCCGAAAGUCAGAGAUAAAGGUAAAAGUCGCAGAAAGAUAAAAUUUCUGAAGCCUUAAAAUAAAACAGUUUACGUCAAUCUCGUUUACCGAAUAAUUUAUUGCUGCUAUAAGUAAGCAUAGAUCUUUUAAAAUUGUGACUUUUAUGUAAAACAAAGCAAUUUGC